AUGCCUGGUUCCUGUGAGGUUUGCUCUUCGGAGCCCUCGAAAUAUCGCUGUCCCACAUGCCAACUGUUGAGGUACGUGGUCAUGACCCCAUACGUGGACCAGUUGCUAAGGUUUGUUAAUUAUAGUUGUUCGCUUGCAUGUACGCAAGCUCAUAAAAUAUACUGUGCUUCCAAAGCACCCCCGAAUGAGGAGUUGAGCACCCCAGCACCCCAAGUCGAGCCACCUCAGAACGACGCGGUCGAAAAUGAUAGCGCGGGCUCUAAGCCCGCUGAAUUCAAUCCUGCAGAAACAGCGACAUCCCCGGAGAUGAAAGCGCUUCUCGAGAAGCACCCGCAACUCCGGGACCAGCUCCAGGAGCUGUACCAGUCGACACUGGAAGAAGAAUGGGUGGAGUCAUACAUGGCUCCGGCGCGAGGCCGGGGACGAGGUCGUGGCCGGGGUCGUGGGGGGAUGACAUCCCGUAGUCGGGGCCCCUGGACAUCGGAGAAAGGGUUCAACCGGGGCUUGGGCAGGGUUCGCAAGCUCAGACUGGGUGGUGAGGGCGGGAAGGAGACUGGUCAGUCUGUUGAGACCUUCAUGCGGUUCAUGGCACUGGUCAAUCAAGGACAGGAAACUACUGUAUGA